UAUUGACAUCCCUGUUUGAUCACGUGACCUAUCUAAAACGUCAACGACCAGCAGCUGUCACAGAAAUUGUCACGAAUUACUUAAAGUUAGAAUAGAUUUUGAAUUUGUAAACAAAAGGAUUCUAAGGUUCAAGGUCUGGAUUUUCUCACACAGACAUGACAACUGUUGUGAAUAGAUUGAUAAGAGGGGGACUAGGUCGAUCCUGCAUUUUCAAAGAAUUUCAAGUGAGAGGAGUAUCUGUUGCUACAAGAAAAUCAAAAAUGCCAAAACUUACGGAAGAAGAUAGAAAAACUGAAUUAGCGCCACUUAUCGCAACAGGAUGGACGAUUCAAACUGAAAAGGAUGCGAUUUACAAAGAAUUUGUCUUCAACAAUUUUAACCAGGCUUUUGGAUUUAUGACCCAAAUUGCGAUGCAAGCGGAAAAAAUGGACCAUCAUCCUGAAUGGUUCAAUGUUUACAAUAAAGUUAACAUAACGUUAAAUUCUCACGAUGUGAAUGGUUUAUCAAGAAGAGACGUGAAACUUGCGACAUUUAUGGACAAAGUGGCCAAAUUAUACAAUAAAUAGUAAAAUAUUUAAAAUCCUCUAUUGUUAAAAUAGAUUAUCAAAUGAUUUUCUAUUCUCGACAAUAAUCAUCUGUAAAAUAUUCUCAAUUUUACCGAACAAUUACUUUUUUUUAUAUCACUAUUUUUAAAUAUAAGUAAAACAAUAAAUGUUAUACUUUUUUUCUUCUUUUA